AUGACUGAAUCCAACUCCAUCCAAAAUAUGUUUCCUCGGGACGCUGGAGCUGGUCCUCCCGCGCCCGACAACCAUGUCGAAACCCAACGAUCAAUUGAUCCUCGAGUCUCCCUCGAGGACUACAACCGUACCAUGCUGGAGUAUACCCAGCAGCAGAUGUCCUCGUUUGUCGACCUCGACGACGAACGUGGAAGUGGCACUAGCGGCCGAGGCAGUGAAAGCAGCGGCUCAAGCGGCAACAGCGGCCACAGUGAUGAUCCUGCGAAGGGUGUCAUGACUAGUCAGCCCAGUGGUCUACCUCCCACCUCAGCUGGCGCUGCUGCUGCCAAGCGGCGCCACCUCCACAACGGGGGCCAGACAUCUGCGCUCACUGCUAGCGAGGCUAACUCAUCCCGAUACUAG